GAAACGCGUUGAGUGCGACAGCGAACAGACGUGCCCAGUGUCCAAGAGAUCGUAUACAUACAUAUACACAAUUCUACAGGCCCCCCCACACACACACACAGACACGCACACACACAGCCACAUUUAAGUUCUUUAGCCCGUGGAACUGACACGCACACACAUAUAUACAUAUAGAAUUGUGUGCCUUUUUUUCUUUGGUGCCACAAAAGUCGAAUAAAAAGUGCCGUGCAAAGCAAAAGCAUAAAACAAGAAAAGUGAAAACCAAUCAAGAAGCAAAAGAAAGAGAAAUAGCAACAUUCAAAGAAACAUGGCAAGUGCUGAGCAAAAAAACGCAACUGGCAACGGCAACGGCAUCGCCAAGCACAACAACAGCGUGUUAACAGAGCCAACCGAGCCGCCCAAGGAUGCCAAGGAUCUGCUGCCGCAUCUAGAGUCGCUGGAGCGCAUCAUAAAGCUGCCCGUGGUGAAUGCCGCCUGGGAUAAGUCACAAGAUGUCUAUGGAAAAGUGAAGGGCAAAAACCGCGUCUUCAAUUGGGCCCUAAAUGCCGCCGAGGAUUGCGUUGCCCGCGCCGUGACGACCGCGGCGCCCAUUGUGAAUCGGUUGGAUCGUCCCAUUGCGUAUGUGGAUCAGACUUUGGUCAAGGGCAUUGAAACGCUGGAGGUGAAGGCGCCCAUCAUUAAGGACACACCCCAGGAGAUCUAUGCCCAGGCCAAGAACAGGGUGAUCGAUGUGGUCCAGCCGCAUCUGGAGCGUGUCGUCAAAUUCAAGGCAGCUGGCCAGCAGAAGGCCGCCUCCCUCAAGGAUCUCGCCUGGCAGAAGGCCAACGAGGUCCUCGCCACCCAAUACGGCAGCCUCGCCGUCAACGGUGUGGACACGACCACAGCCCUGGCCGAGCGUCUCCUGGAAUACUAUUUCCCCAAAUGCGAGUCGGAUGUCGAGGAGGAUAAUGAUAAUAAACAAAAUGCUGUCGUGCGAAAUGGCAAAAAUGCUGAGAAUGACAUGCCAGUUCCCGCCAGCGAGGACCCAGUACUACACACAGUCCAGACCGUGGGCCGCUUAUCCAAUAAGAUCUCGCGUCGCGUCUAUAGAAAUGUCUCCAGACAGAUCAAGCAGGUCCAACAGGGCAACAUCAACGACUAUCUGAGCUCAUUGAUAGCCGCCCUCAAGCUGCAUCAGUACAUCAACUUUAUCAACUCAUCGAUGGGCACAAAUGUCGAGCAGUCCACGUUAGCCAGCGACAACUGUACACCCUACGGGCCCACCAACAGCAACAGCAGCAGCAGCAGCAACAACAUCAUCAUCAGCAGCAGCAGCAGCAGCAGCGCCAACACCAAAGCAGCGGCCAGCAGCGGCAACAGCAAUGCCAAGAGCAAAGUGAGCACAGUGAGCACAGUUGCGCCAUCUACCGGACAAUAAAUGUGCAGCUGCACGCGUUGGGUUGGUUGGGUGGGGCGCCCCUUUUAGAUCAGGGUCAGAAGUUUUCCAAUUGGAAAAACACCUCUCACUCUCCCGAAAAAAACCCCAACCUGUUUGCCUCUCAAGCGCUGCUCAGUUUCUUAUGUAGUUUUAUUUUUAUGCCCAUUAUUUUUUUUGCAAUUCUUUUUUUUUUUUUUUCGUUUUUAAGAAAGUGGCCUCAGCAGCCCGCCGCCCUGCCCCCUACCCCCACACACCAACACACCAACAAACACACACUCGCAACACACCCAAGCGUUUGCUUUGUAAAUAUUUAUUUGAAGUAACACACACACACACACACACACUUGCAUACACACACAUAUA